CGGCACCGCCCGGGAAGCUGCGCGAGGUUCGGCGGCUGCCGCCACAUCCUCCUCCUCCGGGUCCAGGCGAGCGGAGCCCGGCCAGGGCCAAGCGGAGGGCUCCGACGGCGCGGGCGAGCGGAACGCCGAGCCAUGACGCACCAGACGGGCAUACACGCCACUGAGGAGCUGAAGGAAUUCUUUGCCAAGGCGCGGGCUGGCUCCAUUCGGCUCAUCAAAGUUGUUAUUGAGGACGAGCAGCUCGUGCUGGGUGCCUCUCAGGAGCCAUUGGGUCGCUGGGACCAGGACUAUGACAGGGCUGUGCUUCCACUGCUGGAUUCCCAGCAGCCCUGCUACCUGCUCUUCCGCCUCGACUCACAGAAUGCUCAGGGAUUUGAAUGGCUCUUCCUUGCCUGGUCACCUGAUAAUUCUCCGGUGCGGCUGAAGAUGCUCUACGCGGCGACACGGGCCACAGUGAAGAAGGAGUUUGGGGGUGGCCACAUCAAGGAUGAACUCUUUGGAACAGUGAAGGAUGAUCUCUCCUUUGCUGGGUACCAGAAACACCUGUCAUCCUGUGCUGCACCUGCCCCGCUAACCUCAGCUGAGAGAGAGCUCCAGCAGAUUCGUAUCAAUGAGGUGAAGACAGAGAUCAGCGUGGAAAGCAAGCACCAGACCCUGCAGGGCCUCGCCUUCCCCCUGCAGCCUGAGGCCCAGCGGGCACUUCAGCAACUCAAGCAGAAGAUGAUCAACUAUAUCCAGCUGAAGCUGGACCUGGAGCGGGAGACCAUCGAGCUGGUACACACAGAGCCCACGGAUGUGGCCCAGCUGCCCUCACGGGUGCCCCGAGAUGCUGCCCGCUACCACUUCUUCCUCUAUAAGCAUACCCACGAGGGUGACCCCCUUGAGUCUGUGGUGUUCAUCUACUCCAUGCCGGGGUAUAAAUGCAGUAUCAAAGAGCGCAUGCUCUACUCCAGCUGUAAGAGCCGCCUCCUUGACUCUGUAGAACAGGACUUCCAGCUGGAGAUCUCCAAGAAGAUUGAGAUUGGCGAUGGGGCAGAGCUGACGGCUGAGUUCCUCUACGACGAGGUGCACCCCAAGCAACAUGCCUUCAAGCAGGCAUUCGCCAAGCCCAAGGGCCCUGGGGGCAAGCGGGGCCACAAGCGUCUCAUCAGGGGCCCUGGCGAGAAUGGGGACGACAGCUAGGUGGCUGGACCAAAGCCAGGCCAGCGAGUGAGCUGUGGGGUUGCCUACCUCACCACUCCCUGCACCUCCCUCUUUCUCACCCUAGCUCCAGGGAAGUGCUUCCUGUGCGUCAGGCAGGCUGGUGUCUGAACACACUUGCAGCUUCUGAGGGUCACUGAGUUGGCAUUUUGUGACCCUUCCCCAUUGCUGACCCUGCCUCUAAUCUUUGUGCCCAGGGCAUCUGGGGGUCCUGCCUGGCUGGCUCUAGGAGGCUGGGUGAGGGACCUGUCAUGAACCUGGCCUCCAAGGGAUCUGAGAUUGGGGUCCCCACACAGCCCAGAAACCUUUGACCACAGUGGGUAGGGUCAGUUGGGGCUGGAGCAAGGGUCACUGCAGGAUGGGAUGGUUGAAUGCUGUAUUUUCUAAAGAAUAAAAUAUUUUUAAAUCAA